AUGACCAACGGCUCGGCGGCGGCCGGCGGCGCGGUGCGGCACCGGUUCGACUCGGCGCUGACGCCCGGCCAGGACCUGGCGUACGGCGCGCUGAUGGUGACAUCAGGCACGGUGUCGGUGCUCGGUAAUGCCGCCGUGCUGCUCAUGUUCCACCGGCGCCGGGCGCGCCUGGAGACGGUCGAGUACCUGCUCUACAACCUCACAGUCUCCACGCUGCUGAUGAUGGCCGUCACCUGUCCGCUGAACGCCGCCAGCGCCUUCAGCCACCGCUGGAUCUUCGACGAGCUCGGGUGUGUUCUGCACGGCGCCCUGUCGUUUUUCUGCGGUCUGGUCAACAUAUCGGCCCUGGUCUCUAUCGGCGCCAUUCGCUACAUCAAGACCUGCUGGGCUUUUACCGACUCUGUGAAUAACGCGCGCACCCCGGUCCGGCUGCUGGCGGCCGUCUACGUGUGGGCGGCGUUCUGGUCGAGCUGUCCGCUGCUGGGCUGGGGCCGCUACGGCGUGGAGCAGCACGGCCUCUGCUGCAGCCUAGACUGGCUGCCGCGCACCGCAGGGGAGCGCUGCUACAUCGCGCUGGCGGCGCUGGCGGCGCUCUUCCUGCCGGCUGGCGCGCUGGUGUUCUUCUACUGGCGGAUCGUGGUGGUGGUGCGGCGCACGCAGCGGCACGCCGGCCGCGGCGGCGCGCGGAAGGCCGCCGCCGAGACUCAGCUGCACCUGGUGUCUGCGGUGCUGGUGCUGGGCUUCCUGCUGGCCUGGGUGCCAUACGCGGCCGUCUCGCUGCUGGGCACCUUCGCCGGCGAGCGGCUGACCGGGCCCGGCGCCGUGGCGGUCGUCACCGUGCUCACCAAAAACUCGGGCUGGUACAACCCGGCCAUCUACGUCCUGUUCUCCAGACAGUACCGAGCGGACCUGCGCGCGGCGCUGCGGCUGCCGUGCUGGUGUCGGCCGCCGGCCGCCCUGGCACAGCGGCACGCGCCGAGCGCUGGGCGGCCGCCGGCGCCGCCGGCACUGGUCAGCCCGGCCAGCUCCCACUCCGGCGGCGGCGUCAGCCGAAACGCCUCCGUCCACGUGUCGAUGAGUCCGUCCACACCGGCGCCGCGCGUCUGCACGCAGCCGGGCGGUGCGCGCGAGACCAGUCUGUGACCCCUGACCGGGUCCAGUGACCCGGCCGGUGACCUCAGCUGGCUCUGAGGUCACCGGCUCCAUCAGUCUGGGACGCACUGAGUCCGGUCUGUGAAUCAGCUGACCGGUCCGGCCGAGAUCAGCCUUCUGAAGCCCGGUGGCGGCCGCAGGCCCCUGAGACUAGAGCCAGCCGAACACCACAGUUUAUCGUCGUGUGACAUGGCGUGAAUGCGGCCGCGAAAUGUGUCGCGAUCAGGAUAACGGUGUCUGGUGUGACAUGAACUCUUGUGUUGCAUUGAACAUGUAUUUACAACAUAACUGAUACUCAAUGUUCACAGAAACCGUUCUUAGGCGUGAAAGUUCGACACAGUGACAGAUGUGGCAAUAGAAACAACAUUAGGUACGCUUGUAAAACAAUGUUACAUAAUACAAUAUAACUUAUCACAAAUGAAAUAAGAUGUGCUGGCCACCCAAACCAUGAGUAUUAUCUCAAUAGGUAAUGCUGCCUAGCUUACUUCGAAUGCCGCAUAUUUUCAUUCUGAUUUGGAUUCCUCGAGGGCCCAGACAGCCGCCAAUUCAUUCGCUCAUUUAUUCAUUCAUGUCCUCCCCGUGGCCUAGUGGAUAAGGCGUCCGUCUCCAAACUCGGUGGCAGCGAGUUCGCGGCCGGGAAGCUCCACGUCGUUUGACCCGCGUUCCUAUAUUAAGCCAGCUGGCAACUGGCGAGAGAGGGCCACGCUAGACCCGGGAGGACCGUGCCGCCAUCUACCUGCGGCACGUUAAACUUUCGAUCCAAAUUAUCACCGGUGAACCGAGCGCGGGCAAGGCGGGGUGGUGGGUCCGUGGUGUCAUUCGCAACAAGCUCUGCUUAGCGGGGCACCCGGGCCCAUAGCCACCCAUUCAUCCAUUCGGACAAAAUUUCUUUAAAAAAAAAUGCAUUCAUUCAUUAAUCUACCCAUCCAUCCACUGAUAGCUUUAGGUAUUCACCUACUCUGUAUUUAUCGACGCAUCGUUAGGCGUCUCAUGGUGGUCGCGUCCCGCGUUACGAAUGGAGGGACGGAGUCAAUACAUAUCGACGCGUUUAUUUUCAAACCACAUCCGUUCUCCCGUGAAUGUCCAAGGGGGAAAGAAACUUAAAAAGGUACAGUCACUCGAUUUUUCUGAUCUCGACAGAUCAAUCAAUGCCAGAAGAAGCUUACGAACACACAUAUUUGGGCAGGAUCGGGUGAUUGGACUUUUUAAAAGGGAACCUCCGUGCUUUCCGGAAUUUCAUAAGAGAACGGAUGCGGGGUUUGCAGAAAAGGGUGCGUCGAUAUGGUGACGAGGGACCACACUGGACGCCUCGGACCUAUUCAGUGGAAUGAGCGAAUCAUCGGUGAAUGAAAAGUGUUUGAUGAAUGGGUGAAAGGAAAACAACUUUUCUUUCGUCCAUCCGUUCGAACAGAAGGCUCCGUAUGCAGCGCAGAGCGACUAAUGAGUUAUACAUCCGGAACGACGUGCUCACCUUUCCGGAACGACGUGCUCGUCUCUCGUCACUUUGUCAACUUUCAGGCCUGAAUACACAGUUGUCCAAUGUUUGUUUUAGGGCCUUGUUCCAAUGUAUGUACAGUAGAUGUCCAAUGGAUUGUGCGUGUGUGGGCUAUGAUCAAAAUGUGUUUUACUUUUAAACAUCGCUUACGGUAGACGAUAGCACGUACACACCUG